AUGAUGCGGGAAAAGGGAGACGACAUUGCAAUCCACCAUUUAAGAGAUAUUUACUACCCCAAUUUUCUUGUGCCGUAUUCACAGCCGGAUGAGCGCUUUGCCACCAUGGAAGCUCUACCAAGCACCCAAACCUCUACCUCUAUCCCCGGACCCUUUGCGCUGUCCUCGUGGCUUUCUGCCAAUGCGGAAAAUCUGAAACCGCCUGUAAACAAUUCAUGUCUUUAUUCUGGGAAGGACUUCAUACUGAUGGCUGUGGGGGGACCGAACACUAGAAAUGAUUAUCAUAUAAAUGAAACAGAGGAAUGGUUCUUUCAAGUCAAGGGGGAUAUGCUUCUGAAGAUUGUCGAGAAUGAUACACAAUUCCGCGAUAUUAUAAUCCGAGAGGGCGAGACAUUUCUUUUACCUGCAAAUGUCCCUCAUUCUCCAAGAAGGUAUAAAGAUACAGUUGGGCUUGUUAUGGAACGCACUCGCCCUCCGCGAUGUAUAGACCGGGUCCGAUGGUAUUGUGAAAACCAAGACGCCCAUACAGAGGCUCCUGGAAUCAUUAGAGAAGAGCAGUUCUACUGUGAGGAUAUUGAGACGCAGCUUAAGGAUGUUAUUGAAGACUGGAUGGGAAAUGAAGCCAGCCGGAAGUGCAGUUCUUGUGGUCUGGUUGCGCCAGCCCAUUAG